AUGACCGGUACCAUGGACACCCUCGACGAGAAGUCCAACGGCCCACCCCCGAUGGAGAUUGACGAAGUUGUUUCUGUCAGAGAUCACGAUGCUUUCGCAGCAAAACACAUGCCCGACCUGGGACACGACGUCAAAGACUUCCAGGUCUUCACCUGGCACCUGACAAAUUGGAAGAAAUUAGACAAGAAGCUAACCAGUGCGGAGUUUGAGUGUGGCGGACACAAAUGGCGUAUACUACUAUUUCCUUUCGGAAACUCCAAUGCACCUCCAAACGACACAGUUUCCGUUUACCUCGACUAUGCAGAGCCCAAGAAGGCUCCAGAAGGCUGGCAUGCUUGCGCUCAAUUCGCUCUCGUGAUCUCAAAUCCCCACGAUCCAACGAUUUACACCGUCAGCCAUGCUCAGCAUCGUUUUAUCGCUGAGGAAUCCGACUGGGGGUUCACUCGUUUUAGCGAAUUGCGCAAGCUAUUUCAUGCUCAGGACAACCAUGGCCGGGCAACUAUCGAAGAUGACUCGGCCGAUAUCACUGUCUAUGUCAGAGUCCUCGAAGAUCCGACUGGUGUUUUGUGGCACAAUUUUGUCAAUUAUGACUCAAAGAAGGAGACGGGCUUUGUCGGGCUAAAAAACCAAGGCGCCACUUGCUACAUGAACUCACUCCUACAAUCCUUCUUUUGCACCCAUUAUUUCAGACGAGCGGUUUACCAAAUCCCGACUGAAGCAGAUAUACCAACGGAAAGCGUUGCUCUGGCGCUGCAACGCGUCUUUUAUCACCUCCAAACCUCCGACCAGCCUGUUGGUACCACGGAGCUCACCAAGUCCUUCGGUUGGAAAUCUCUCGACUCUUUCCUUCAGCACGAUGUGCAGGAGUUUAAUCGCGUUCUGCAAGAUAAAUUGGAAUCCAAAAUGAAGGGGACGAAAGCAGAAGGCGCGAUUGCGAAACUCUUUGUGGGCAAGAUGAAGAGUUAUAUCAAAUGCGUCAACGUAGACUACGAGUCAUCGAGGAUCGAGGAGUUCAAUGACAUCCAACUCAACGUCAAGGGCAUGAAGAACUUGUACGAAUCCUUCAAGGACUAUGUGGCCGUUGAAAUGCUUGAUGGAGAGAACAAGUAUCAAGCAGAGGGCUUUGGUCUGCAAGAUGCCAAGAAAGGAAUCAUCUUCCAGUCAUUCCCUCCCGUCCUCCAUCUACAGCUGAAACGCUUCGAGUACGAUAUGCAGCGCGAUGCCAUGGUCAAAGUCAACGACCGUCACGAAUUCCCUUUCGAAAUCGAUCUGGACGAAUUUUUGGAUGAGACUGCCGACCGCUCGCAACCGUGGGUAUACAAACUCCACGGAGUCCUCGUUCACUCGGGUGACCUUCACGGUGGUCAUUACUUUGCCCUCAUCAAGCCUGACAAAAAAACUCGUUGGCUCAAAUAUGACGAUGACAGGGUAACACCGGUUACGGACAAGGAGGUGUUGGAGGAGAAUUAUGGGGGCGAGCCUAUGGGUCUACCUCCCGCAGUUCAACGUAAUCAAGUUCGGGCAUUGAAGCGCUUUACCAACGCUUACAUGUUGGUAUACAUCAGAGAAUGCGCAAGGGACGAGCUUCUUGCUCCAUUCACGGAGGAAGAUACGCCUCCUCAUCUGAAACGCAGACUCGACGAAGAGCGGAUGCAAAUAGAAGCUAAAAAGCGGGAACGAGAGGAGCAACAUCUAUUCCUCACCGCCAAGGUUAUCACCGAUGAGACCUUUGCAAGGCAUGAAGGUUUCGACCUCGCAACCUUCGACGAGAAGAAUUGGCCGCCUUCUGAAUUGCCCAGUUUCCGUGUUUUGAAACAGGAAACCUACAGUACUUUCAAGAGCAGGGUUGCUCAACACUUUGGCUACCCUGAGAAUCAGAUCCGAUUAUGGGUUCUUGUCAAUCGACAAAACAAGACUGUUCGACCAGAUACGCCCAUUCCCGAGAAUGAACCAACGCUGACUGUCGAAGUCAUUCGCAACAAUAUGGCGGCUCGACAAAAUGACUUGAGACUAUACCUCGACAUCAUUCCUGACCCUGCAAAGCCUGACCCCCCUCCACAAUCAAUCAUGAUAUUCCUGAAGCAUUUCGACACGUCCAAGCAGACUCUGCUAGGUGCUGGCAAAGUCUACGUCUCAAGGACGAGCAAAGUCGGAGAGCUAAUGAAUAUCAUCAACGAGAGAAUGCGAUGGACGCCAGGCACUCCAUUGAAGCUCUACGAGGAAAUCAAACCUGGAAUGAUCGAACUCAUGAAGCCAAAGCUUUCCUUUGCUCAGAGUGAAAUCCAAGACGGCGAUGUUAUCUGUUUCCAAGUUGAUUUGUCAGACAAAGACACUCACGACCAAGACAAUCCGAGCUUCCACCCGAACCCCAUUCAUUACUACGAUUUCCUGCAGAAUCGUGUCAUGAUCGUGUUCAGACCCAAGUUCGACGAUGGCGAACACGAUCGGGAGCGGUCAGAAUUCCACUUGGUACUCAGCAAGAAACAAAACUACGAUAUUAUGUCGACGAAAGCUGGAGAAUACCUGCGCCACGACCCCAUCAAACUCCGUUUCACUACCACGCACGCGACUAAUGGGACAGCGAAAGCAGUACUCAAGCGCUCUUUGAAUCAGAGCAUUGCUGAAAUCAUGGCGCCUAACUACAUUAGCCCGACGACAACUGUCAUCCUUUACGAGAAGUUGGAUGUCAGUAUCGUCGAAUUGGAGACGAAACGCAGUCUCAAGGUCGUCUGGACUGGCAUCCACAACAAGGAGGAAGCCACACAUCCCUUCUUGUUGCCCAAGACCAGCAUCAUCAGCGAUCUCGCUGAACAUUUGGCCAAGCUUGUGACUCUGUCCUCAAGCGGCUCCCAGAAGAUCCGCAUCUUUGAGAUUUCCAAGGAUGGGAAGACUCAGAAGGAGUUCACUGGGAAUGAAAUGAUAGGCAACAUUCCAGAGCCUGUAGAGCUCUAUGCGGAGGAGGUUCCUAUCGAGGAACUGGAGGCCGACGAUAUGGACAAAGUCAUCGGUGUUUUCCACUUCACGAAGGAGCUUUCGCGGACACACGGCGUGCCGUUCAAAUUCGUCGUCAAACGGGGAGAGAAGUUCUCGGAGACAAAGAAACGGUUACAAGAGCGAAUCGGUGCUUCUGACAAAGAGUUCACCAAGUUCCGAUUCGCGAUCAUCCAAGUUUCGACGUUCAAACAACCGUCUUACAUUGAGGAUGAUGACACGAUAUAUGACCACCAGUUCGCUCCUGAGGAUGUGCUGGGGUUGGAUCAUCCUGACAAAUCAGGCAAGACACGGAUUGGUGCGGGUGGGGCAAGCCUCACGAUCCGAGGCUGA